CCUGGAGCUCUAGCGUCAGGCUGUCGCCUGUCCAUCUUUGUUUGUCGCCAGAAAACGACGACAGGACACCAACACAAAUAUUAAUCAAUCCGAGAACUAUUCCAAGGCGCGAAUAACCUCCAGCGCACACGAUCCGUCGAUAAUAUCAUCCGAACGAGCAUCUUUCAGCCGCGUCCAUCCAUUUCUGUACGCGAUUUCUAUUCGCCAAUCGUCAAUCGUCAAUUCGACAGCGUGGCAGCCUCGCCAUGGCGACGUAGAAACAUCCCAACCAGUCAUCCAUGUCCACCUGCGCCGUGCUCCUCGCGCGACAACGAACGUCCUCCAUCGCCUCAACAGCGUCAUAGAUCUAUAUCAGUUGAGGACAACAUCUGUCUAUACUCAGUUGCGCUCCCGCCGCGUCGACUACCUGGUGCAAGACAAGCGACCCGCACUGCAAUUGCUUUGUGGUCUCCCCUCGCGCCGAAACUUCGAGGCGUCGUGUUGUCGCAGGAUCUUCAUUCUCCCUUCAUCACGACACCAUCGCCAUGGAUCUCCGCUCAGUUCUUAAUACGUCUGAUGGCGGCGAUCGCGCUCCGGCCAAACCUGCGCCGAAACCGCAACCGCCGCCGCCAAUACAUCAGCAGCAGCAGCAACCUCACCCCCAGCAGAUGCAGCGACCAUCGCAGAGUCCAGCCAAAGCACCCGCUCCUCCUCCGUACUAUCGCGAGUACGGCCGCCAUCCACCGCCGCAACCUUCACCAGGCAAACCAAUGCCCCAAGAAUAUCCUCCGCAUACUGGCCAUCCUCAUCACGCUCAGUCACGACCACCGUCGCAUCCUCACCCAUCUCCCCAUCAACCACCGCCCGGUGCGUAUCCACCACAAUCUCCGUACCAGGCACCCGGGCCAUAUCCAGGACGUCCUGCACCCCCUCCGCUACAGCCAACGGGCUCUUUUCACGAUCCGCGGUCCCCAAGCGUCCAAACUCCAGGUCAAUCCCCUUAUCGAACAUCAACGACUCCGUCGGCCGUAGCGGCUGCCGCAGGUUAUCCUUUCCCACCAACUCAAUCCCCUGGGGAGAUGGCCAGUCCAGUCCAACGGCACCAGUAUUCACCUACUCAAUACGCAACUCGCGAAAGCUUCUCUCAGGGCCCACAAGGCGUGCCACCAGGUCAUGCACCUGGUCAUUAUCCUCCGACUCAGCAACAACACCCACAAAGCUCUAUCCCACAGACCCAGCAAUAUCUGAAUCAGCGUCCUCCCUCAGCUAGUCAUUCUGCCCAUUCUACUCCUACUCCAACAUCCGCUCAACCACAUCAUCCUUACGGUUCUUUUGCACAAGGUAGUCCUGUCACAGCUUCGCGCCCACCGCCUGCCGAAUACAAUCGCCAGCCCUCGCAACCACCCACGCCUGUCGGUCCUACUUUGUCUGCCGGAUCUCGACAAGCAUCAGUUACAGGCGGUUUCACACAGCCUUCGAGUCCAUACCAACAAAGACUUUCCUACACUGGAGCGCCAAUACCGCAAGCACAGGCACAGGCACAAGCACAAGUACAGAGCUCACCUCCGCCUCCGCUUCAUGCGAAGCGCAUAUCUAGUAGCUACGGUUCGCCCGCUCCCGACGUACACCGACGAUCCCAAUCGCAUAGUGAACGAGCUCCUAGCCCAUCCGUCAGUCCCAAAUCUCGAGUCCCGUCGAUUCAAAGCAACCACGAUCCACUUGCUGCAUCGGCGGCAGCAGACGCCAAAGCCAAACUAGCUCAAUCGGCUCCUAUACCCCAACCAACCCAGCCAAUGGCCAUCGACACAGAACGCGCGGCAACUCCUGCCAAGCGCAAGCUUGAGGAUCGCGACAGUCCCAGACAAGAACCUGAGGAGAAACGAAUGAAGCCCAGCGAGGUCAACGGCGGCGUUGCUGUGAAGCGCGAAUCUGAGUCGGCUUCUUCCAGUGUACCAGCUGCUGCGGCCGUCAAAAAGCGAAGACGCUACUCACAGCCGCCUAUCUGGGCACAAGACGCUCGAAAAAUGAAUAGCAUGCCUACAAAUGCGAACUUCGUGCUACAAAAGAGAGUCCAUUCACAUCUCAAUGGAAAGAAGGAGAACCCCCGUCCUAGUCGCCAUGCCUCGCCAGAGACGAACCGGGGCAACCCACCUCCUCACGUUCCCGUCGCUGAACCAGGCCCCCAAGAGAUUCUUGGAGCUUGGGAACCGAGUCUUACUGGCCUCAAACCUUUUGAGGAUGUAUCAAGACAAGUGGCUGAUUUCCUCUUCCUCAAUGUUAUUAACACCCCAGAUAUGAGGGAAAUCAGUAGUCGCGGUAUCCAGUUUGAAAUUGAAGCGAAAUUGGGCACUCUCAUCGACAGAGAUACUAACCAACGAGUUGAUCGAGGUAUUGCGUCAGAAUGCAUCUUGAUGGAUAACAGCCGUGUAGCUUUUAAGAGCAGCAUGACGGAAGGCUCACAUAAGAAGAUGAACGACUACCUAAACGAACUCGUCAAAAUCACACAUCCCAUGAAUCCAGCAGGCAGCCAACGUGUACCCAUCGUUGCUCUGCACCGGAGAGAGAGAGACCGGUUUUUCGAGAUUCCACCAGAUCUACAAGCAAGGAUACCUGGAUGCGUGCGAAGCCGACUGGGAUCGCGAAGAGCAGUCCGUGUGAGAGUCACUUACAACCAAAAGGACAACAAGGUCAUUGCCAAGAUCAUCAAGGCACGCGUGUCUGACCUUGAUAUUCACUUCCCUGCAUUACCAAUGGAUUGUCGAAUCAGUAUCAACCUCGAAAUGAACUGGGACGGCUCGGUGGAAGAACUGGAGCAACUUCCAAAUCGUGAUCGUGGGGAAAACCCUGAGCGAAAUAAGGACAGACUUAGCUACACACACGGGCCCUACCAGGUUGACCUCACGCAGGUCAUACAAGAUCGCCACGGAGUAAAAGAGAAGGAGCAUGAACUUGAGAUUGAACUCGACUCGAAGCUACUGAUCGACCAAGGGAGCAAGGCAGCGAGCUCGAGACCACACCGCUAUCAAGAGCUUGUGGAAGGAUUUGUGGACAACAUACGACUUCUUACACGUAACGUGGCACACUGAACGGCAAUAGACCAUUUUAAUUACCGGCGAUAAUGUUGGCUAAAAGGACGGGGUUGGCGGCGCUGUGUUUACAAGAGGUGGCUCUGAAGGAAUACCAACAAUAAAUCGACUUAUCUUUUGUGAUCCCAACCCAUGUUUUGAUGUUGAAAGCUGUCUUUCUGGUUGCGCAAUGUUACGCUUGAUGUACAAAUAGUUAGUGGGUGGAUGCAUCAAAUAAUCGUAGCUUCAUUUACAAGUCGAGAUUUGGUCCAAGCAUGCGAAAUCAUAGUAAGUGAAGACAUGAGCACAUUACUAACAGCUAGACCGACAUGAGUCCAACAGUUAUCAUUUCUCUACGGAAGAAGGCACAGUCAAAAUCAUCUCGGGUUUCGUAGGCUCGGGCUACCCUACAUCACCAGGAUGUUAUAUCUGCGAAGCGAACAAUUCUUAUCAAAACAUUGGGAAUCUGCUGCACAGGUACUGCAUUUCCAAAAAUUGUAUAAAAAUUACAUACUCCAGUUUAGCA